GUACACCAAGGUUGUACUGGGAGGCACUAGGGUAGCCCUGGGGAGCACUGGUGUGGUACUGGGAAGUUCUGGGAGGCACUGGGAUGUCCCCAGGAGCACUGGUGUGUACUGGGAAACUGGGAGACACUGAGAUGUCCCCAGGGACACUGGUGCAGUAGUGGGAAGCUCUGGGAGGCACUGGGAUGACCCUGGAGGACACCGAGGUAGUACUAGGAAGCCAUGGGAUGCACUGGAAUGUCCCCAGAAGCACUGGGGUGGUACUGGGAAAUUCUGGGAGGCACUGGGAUGUCCCCAGGGGACACUGGAGCGGAAGUGGGAAGAUCUGGGAGGCACUGGGCUGUUCCUGCGAGCAGCAAGAGGCCCUGCAGAUCACAGGAAGAGACCGAGGAGGGGUCUGGGCCGGCAAGCGGUGCUCCGGGGGACACUGGGAUCUCUCUGGGAAGCCAUCACCGUCACACCAGCACGCCACUGGGGACACCGGGCGGCACUGCGGGCCGCUCCUCCGGCCCGGCGCCGUUGCCAGGCAACGCCCGCGACGCCAGCGCAUGCGCAGUGCGGGGGCGCGGUGGCCCCGCCCGCAGCUCCCGGCAGGCCGCGCGCGUCCCGCCGCACCGGCCAUGGCGGAGGCGACCGCCGCCUCGCGACUGCCGCCGGACGUGGGCACCGACGACUGCCUCCGCGAGUACCGCCACCUCUUCAGCCCCGACAUCCUGGCGGGACAGGUGGCGUUCAUCACCGGCGGCGGCUCGGGCAUCGGCUUCCGCAUCGCCGAGAUCUUCAUGAGGCACGGCUGCCGGACGGUCAUCGCAAGCCGGAACCUGCAGCGAGUGUUGGAGGCCUCUAAAAAGCUGGUGGCAGCCACUGGCCAGCAGUGCCUGCCUCUGUCCAUAGAUGUCAGGCAGCCCCAAACAAUUGUGGCAGCGGUGGAUGAAGCAUUGAAAGAGUUCAAGCGGAUUGACAUCCUUGUUAAUGGUGCUGCGGGAAACUUUCUGUGCCCAGCCAGUGCCCUGUCCUUCAAUGCCUUCAAGACAGUGAUAGAUAUCGACACCAUUGGCACCUUCAACACCUCCAAAGUCCUCUUUGAGAAAUAUUUCCGGGACCACGGUGGGGUCAUUGUUAACAUUACAGCAACCCUGAGCUACCGAGGCCAGGCCCUCCAGGUGCAUGCUGGUGCUGCCAAGGCUGCCAUAGAUGCCAUGACCCGUCACCUCGCUGUGGAAUGGGGACCCAACAACAUCCGGGUGAACAGCUUGGCGCCAGGCCCCAUUACAGGCACCGAGGGCUACCGGCGGCUGGGUGGGAAAUUUGCCAAGGAAGCAAGCCUGUUCGAUGUGAUCCCCCUCCAGCGUGCAGGGAACAAGACGGAGAUCGCCCACAGCACACUGUACCUGGCGAGCCCCCUCUCAUCCUACGUGACAGGCACCACUCUGGUCGUGGAUGGUGGGAGCUGGCUGACCUCUGCCAACAACUUCCCUGCCUUGCUGGGUAUUGCUUCAUCCUCUGCUAAACUCUAGAUUUCUGGGCUGCAGGGGCAAACAAAAAUCAGUGACAGCCUGGGAUUGACUGAUGGACAGAAAUGUGACCGAACACUGCUGCUCUGGGACAUCUUGGGGUGACGUCCCCCAGAGUUGGAGCCAAUAGCUGUUUCCUCUGAUCAGCGACUGGUGGCGGUGGUGACACUGCCAAUCCUGCAUCCACCGGGGCUGCUGGGUGAGGAGCAAGCCCACCCCCCAUUCCAUGCUGUUACUUUCUUCUGAGCUGACAUGGCUGAGGGUGCAGGGACAGUGGCGGGGUGCAGGCUCUGAUGUUCGCUGUCUGUUUGUGUCUCCCUCUGAGUUGCUUUCCUGGCCUUUCGCAAGUCCCAGGCAGUGCUGCCCAUGGAUAUCUGUCCUCCUCCUCCCCUCUUCCCCCCCCCCCCUCAGCCCGAUACCCCCAGCAGCAGCUCCUUUUUGGGAGGGGGGAGUAGUUUAGCCUGUCUAGGGUUGAGAUCAGCCCUUGUCAUGGGGGCAGCUCUGGCUUGGCAGCUCUUGGAGGGGAAACAAGGACUGAGCUGGGCCCUGGCAGGGGGAAUUGGCCCCGUCCCCUCUGCGGGGGGCCUGGAUGGUGCAGUGGUCCCUGGAGGCUGAUGCAGCUGCAGCUGGGCUGUCCCUCUCCCAGGAGCAGAGGUGGUGUGAGGUCACAUCCCACCAGAGCUGGCUCUGUACUGCUGUGGAUCAUAGCACUGUAUCCAUCGGGAGCCUGAGAUGUCCAGUUGUCUGCCUGGCACCCAUCUGCCUGUCAUUCCAGUCUCAUGCUGUCUCCUUUCUUCAUACAGACACUAGAGCUGAGAGUAAAUCAAGGGCUAGCUGAAAUUGUCAUUUCCGAGCAGGGUGCUGAGCUGAUGAGCUGCAGCAUCUGCAUGGGGCUGCUGGAGCCAAACAUGCCCCUGGUGCCAGUGCCUCAGGGGACACACACUGCUCACGUCCAGUGGCCUACUGCUGGCAGCAAUUUUUAAGCUUAUCCUGAAUUCCAUGAAGCUUGUUUUCCUACUUGAUUGUGUUUCCUACUUGAUGGUAGGCUUGCCAGGUGUUGCUGUUUCCUCUAGGCCACAAAUAAAGAACUUUCACCCUGA